GGCGGGGGGCUUCGGGAGCGUUGGACCUGAGCCGGCGGCGCUCUAUCUGGAGUCUGCUCGCUUCUCCUGUGUGUAUGUGUGUGUGUGUGUGUGUGUGUGUGUGUGUGCGCGCGCGGGCGUGUGGAGGCCGCCAGGCAGCAGCGCCUUCCGUGUGUGUGCGCCUGCACUGAGAUUUACAGCUCUGAAGAUACUCCUUUUCCCCCUCAUUUUUUCCUGCUGCAGUAAUAAAUCCCAUUCUGGAGACUGAGAAACUUUAUAAAGGGAUAUAGCUUGCAUUCUGUGGAGUGUAAUUUUGUGUAUGAAUUAUAUAUAUAUUUAAAACAUGAAGGGUUUUCAGAAAGAAGGCUAGUAGGGUUAAUUACUUAUGCAUUAUGUAUAAGCAGUAGUUCUAUUGGUAAUACAGUAUUUUACUAGGCAUUUGUGAUAAUACUAAAAAGGACAAGUUGUAUCUUGAUAAAUUGAUUUCAAUUUCAAAAUGAAUGAUAUAGAUACAUGAUCCUUAAAUAAUUUUUAAGUGCAGUGUAGAAAAUUCUUGCUGUGGAAACUUUAUGCUUAACUACUUAAGUUUAUGGAAAAAAUACCUUCAGUUGAUUAAGUAUAAUAAUAAAGUGGUAUGCAAAGUUAGGAAGAAAGGCAACAUAAUAUUGAUCUGCAGGAAAUGGAAAUAUAUAUAGACAAUAAUUAACAAAAGUGGACCAAUUAACCAUUUAUUUUAAGCAAAAUUCAUUUCAUUUGCCAUAAUACACAGUAUAACAAGCAUAGGUUCAACAUAGGUUGAUGUCCCCAACUUGUUAUCUUGUUAUCCACAAGGUAACAAGUUAACAGGUUUCAACUAAUAUAACCCAUUUAAGUAAAUCCUAAUGAAAAUAAGUUGUGUGAAAUUAGCCUGUAGAUAAUGUGACCCCCAUGAAGGCAUCUUGUUUACUAGCCUAAAAAGAUUUUUUUGAGGGAGUGAGGUGGUAUUAAAAGUGCUUGUGGAGAAAGAACCUGGUGUUUAGUUUUUCCCUCUUACAGCAUAAUCAGUAAUUGGCUUGCUACCCAGGCUUUGUAGCUUAUAACCAAAGCAAAUUAAAGGUAUAAUUUAGGUAUUCUAUAGUUGUUUAGAAUUUUGGGAGUAUAAACCUCCUUGAAAAGUCAAGUAGUUUUAAGUAUUUUCAGAAGUGUCAGUUUCUUUCAGGCCAUUAUUAUAGUAUUACACCAGUAGGUAACCUGAAUAUAAUCCCAAAGAGUACCACAGAGUAUCUCUCAGUAAUUUAGAAGAGAUAUUCAUCUUCCCUGAGUGUAAACUCAGGUGUAUAUCUGGUAAAGUAGGUGUAGUGAAUUUUAAGUAGGAGUCUAUCAUUUGAUUCUUUUUUAUAGUAAAAAUCUAAUUUAGUGUGAAGGGAUGAGAAAUUUCAUGUGAGAGUUUUUACCCAUCAAAAAGUAAAAUCACUCAUGCACAAAACUACCUCCCAAUGACUUAUCCCAGGUCCCUCGUAUCAAAAUAUUAAGAGUAUAAUGGAAGAUCACACAAUCUUGUCAAAUCGGACAAUCGACAACAAACACAAAAUGAAAUACGACUUUUCAUGUGAGCUCUACAGAAUGUCUACGUAUUCAACUUUCCCCACCGGCGUUCCUGUGUCAGAAAGGAGUCUUGCUCGUGCUGGCUUUUAUUAUACUGGUGUAAAUGACAAGGUCAAAUGUUUCUGUUGUGGUCUGAUGCUGGAUAACUGGAAACAAGGAGACAAUCCUAUUGAAAAACAUAAGCAGCUCUAUCCUAGCUGUAGCUUUAUUCAGAAUCUCGUUUCUGUCACUAGGUUGGAAUCCACUUUUAAAAAUACUUCUCCGAUGAGAAACAGUUUUACACAUUCAUUAUCUCCCAUUUUGGAACAAAGUGGCUCAUUCAGUGGUUCUUAUACCAACCUUUCAUCAAACCCUAUUGAUUCUAGAGCGGUUGAAGAUAUCUCCCCAUUGAGGACUAAUCCCUACAGUUAUGCAAUGAGUACUGAACAAGCCAGAUUUCUUACUUUUCAUAUGUGGCCAUUAACCUUUUUGUCGCCUUCAGAUUUGGCAAGAGCUGGUUUUUAUUACAUAGGACCUGGAGAUAGGGUAGCCUGCUUUGCUUGUGGUGGGACACUAAGUAACUGGGAACCAAAGGACGAUGCUAUGUCAGAACACCGGCGACAUUUCCCCAGCUGUCCAUUUUUGGAAAAUUCUCUAGAAACUCUGAGGUUUAACAUUUCAAAUUUGAGCAUGCAGACACAUGCAGCCCGACUGAGAACGUUUAUGUACUGGCCAUCUAGCGUUCCAGUUCAACCUGAGCAGCUUGCAAGUGCUGGUUUCUAUUAUGUGGGUCGCAACGAUGAUGUUAAGUGCUUUUGUUGUGAUGGUGGCUUAAGGUGUUGGGAACCUGGAGAUGACCCAUGGGUAGAACAUGCCAAGUGGUUUCCAAGGUGUGAGUUCUUGAUACGCAUGAAAGGGCAGGAGUUUGUUGAUGAGAUUCAAGCUAGAUAUCCUCAUCUUCUUGAACAGCUGUUGUCAACUUCAGACCCUCCUGGAGAUGAAAAUGCUGAGCCACCAAUUGUUCAUUUUGGACCUGGAGAAAGUUCUUCAGAAGAUGCGGUCAUGAUGAAUACACCUGUGGUUAAAGCUGCCUUGGAAAUGGGCUUCAGUAGAAGCCUGGUAAAACAGACAGUUCAGAGUAAAAUCCUAACAACUGGAGAGAAUUACAAAACAGUUAAUGAUAUUGUGUCAGCACUUCUUAACGCUGAAGAUGAAAAAAGAGAAGAGGAAAAGGAAAGACAAACUGAAGAAACGGCAUCAGAUGAUUUGUCAUUAAUUCGGAAGAAUAGAAUGGCUCUCUUUCAACAAUUGACCUGUGUGCUUCCAAUCCUGGAUAAUCUUUUAAAGGCCAAUAUUAUUAAUAAACAAGAACAUGAUAUAAUUAAACAAAAAACACAGGUACCUUUACAAGCAAGAGAACUGAUUGAUACUGUUUUAGUUAAAGGAAAUGCUGCAGCCAACAUCUUUAAAAGCUGUCUAAAAGAAAUUGACUCUACAUUAUAUAAGAACUUAUUUGUGGAAAAAAAUAUGAAGUAUAUUCCAACAGAAGAUGUUUCAGGUCUGUCUCUGGAAGAACAGUUAAGGAGGUUGCAAGAAGAGCGAACCUGUAAAGUGUGUAUGGACAAAGAAGUUUCUAUUGUAUUCAUUCCUUGUGGUCAUCUGGUAGUGUGCCAGGAAUGUGCCCCUUCUCUAAGAAAAUGCCCUAUUUGCAGGGGUAUAAUUAAGGGUACUGUUCGUACAUUUCUCUCAUAAAAGAAAAAUAGGCUGUAUGUUAGCCUGUAUGUAAAAAUCUUUAAAAUAUUAUUGAACAUUUUAAGCCAUCUGAAGUGAAAAAGGAAUGAUUCUUUAAUUAGUAAUAUUUUUUGUGUUCUCCCCCGCUUUGUUACUAGCGAUGUUGUUUUUAAAAAUACAGUAUCAUAUAUCAUAUUUAAUCUUAAUUUCUGUUAUAUCAAAUGGACGAUUUAUGUUUGGUGGGAUGUAUUACUGUACAUGUGUCAACAUAGAAAUUAAAGGUGUAAGUUGUCUCAGUGCUCUUAUGUAUCAUUUCAGGUUGACUGAAUUUAGUAUUUCUGAAAGGUUUGAGUAUUGAGUACUACAUUAGAGUAUAGCUUAAAAGAACUAGAAACCAGGAACACUGAAGUUUAUCAGAGUUAUGGUGCCAAAUUCUCUUUGGUGUUUUUCACUUGUGUUGUAAAAUAAGAAUUAUUUCUUUUACUGGUAAAUAAGCUUUUUCCUAGUUUGUGAGAAACAUCUUAAUAAAGUU